UUGACGCAGUAGGCUGGACAAUAAUGAUAAUAGACACUUAAAGGGUGUGAACUUUAAUCAAGAAUUUGUUUUACAUUUUAACUUCAAGUACUGUAGAUAUUAUGAUAAUAAACAUGAUAAUUGAUAUUAUCCUAAUGAUUUGACUAAAAUAGUAUAUAAAAGAUCGAACAUGCUAUUUAUUGCACCAAUUAAUCCUUUUUACUUCGUACGUGUAUACCUAUAAGAAAAAUCAAUAAAAUACAUAUUCGAUAGUUCACUUGCUAAAGUGACAUACAAAGAGAAAAUGAAGGUGAUUCUUUGUUUACUGGGGGUUGUUACCUUAGUACUGAGCACUCCAGUGUACCAGGAAGAUUUACAGAAAUAUUAUCCUCAAGGAUCAAUUCCAUGCCCAUUCUUCAAAAAAGACGCCAGUUUUAAUGCAUCUUCCGAUGAUAUUAAAGUUUAUUUUAGAAACAAAGAUCAUCCUGAGAGUUCAGUACCAAUAGACAUUAACCAUAGUUCGGAAGUCGAUGCGUUGGGAUUUUCACCAAAUAAAGAUACAAUGUUUGUUGUCCACGGCUGGCACAACGGUCACGACUCGCCAGUCUGCGAUGAGAUAUCCAAAGCUGUCCUCCAGAAAAACGACAUAAACGUUUUCCUAAUCGAUUGGAACAAAAUCGCCAGCAACCUCUACUUAGUAGCUUACAAAGCAGUUCCAGAGGUCGGUCAAUUACUAGGAACACUCAUUAGAAAUUUGGUCAACAACAAUAAAUUGGAUUUGAAUAAAGCUUCUAUCGUUGGCCAUUCUUUGGGAGCUCAUGUCGCUGGAUUGGCCGGAGCUGAACUGAACGGACGGAUUAGUAACAUUGUAGGUCUGGACCCUGCUCUACCAUGCUUCUCAUACAACGAUAUCAGUACAAGAUUGGACCCCUCCGAUGCACAAUACGUCGAAGUAAUACACACAUGCGCAGGUUUACUCGGUUUUGAUGUAGAUAUUGGACACUCAGAUUAUUACCCUAAUGGCGGAAAAGAUCAACCUGGUUGCACUUUGGAUGUUGUAGGAAUGUGCAGACACAGUAGAUCAUAUUACUACUAUGCGGAGUCUUUAAUUAGUGGAGGAUUUGCUGCAAAACAAUGUAAUUGCUACAAAGAUUUUAACAACAAUCAAUGUAAUGGAGGAACAUCCAAUAUGGGAGAAUACAAUAUCAACAAAAGUGCCAAAGGCGGAUAUUACCUCAACACAAAUAGUCAAUCACCAUAUGCCCAACAUUGAUAUAAAUGUAUAACAGGAAAAAAUAAAAAAAAAUAAAAAAUAAAUAAUUGAAAACCCUUAA